GACAGGCCAAUAAAAUCAGAGGGCUUGCUUUGCAGCUGCGUCUGAGCGUUGCAUAACCCCACUGCAGGUCCACACACGGCGGCAGUCAUUCAGUCAGUGCAGCUUCAAACCCCCCCUCACUUCAUUGCUUUUAUUACCUCUUCACCAUGGCAGCUGCGAAGAAAGUCUGCAUCAUCGGCUCUGGAAAUUGGGGUUCUGCCAUCGCCAAGAUAGUGGGUGCCAAUGCUGCUCAGAAUCCAAAAUUUGAUGACACUGUAAAAAUGUGGGUGUUUGAGGAGAUGGUGAACGGGCGCAAACUGACUGAAGUAAUCAACACUGAACAUGAAAAUGUGAAGUACCUUCCUGGGCGCAAGCUACCAGAAAAUGUGCUGGCGGUCCCAGACCUGGUGGAAGCAUCCAGUGAUGCAGACAUUUUGGUGUUUGUGAUCCCGCACCAGUUUAUUGGGAAAGUGUGUGAUACCAUUAAGGGCAAGAUAAAGGCUGACGCACUGGGGAUUUCUCUCAUUAAGGGUGUUGACGAGGGGCCCGAUGGACUUAAACUUAUCUCUGACGUGAUCCAGGAGAAGCUCGGUCUCACCAUGAGUGUGCUGAUGGGGGCCAACAUUGCCAAUGAGGUUGCUGACGAAAAGUUUUGUGAAACCACAAUUGGAUGUAAGAAUAAAAAUCACGGGGCUCUCCUGAAGGAACUCAUGCAGACCAACAACUUCCGAGUUACUGUAGUGGAGGAGUAUGAUGUAGUGGAGAUCUGUGGAGCCCUGAAGAACAUUGUUGCGGUUGGGGCAGGUUUCUGUGACGGACUGGGCUUCGGGGACAACACUAAGGCAGCAGUGAUCAGGUUGGGCCUGAUGGAGAUGAUCGCCUUUGCCCGCAUUUUCUGCACAGCCGGGCCUGUGUCCUCUGCAACCUUCUUGGAGAGCUGCGGUGUGGCCGACCUCAUCACAACCUGCUACGGCGGCCGCAAUCGCAAAGUAGCCGAAGCUUUUGUGAAGACAGGGAAGACCAUUGAAGACCUGGAGAAAGAGAUGCUGAAUGGUCAGAAGCUGCAGGGACCAGCAACAGCAGCUGAGGUCCAUCUCAUCCUUAAGCACAAAAACCUAAUUGACAAGUUCCCACUGUUCAAUGCAGUGUAUAAGAUCUGCUUCCAGGGCCAUCCAGUCACAGAGUUUAUCAGCUGUUUGCAGAACCAUCCAGAGCACAUGUAAAAAAGGAAAAAAACAACUCAGUGCCUUUUUAAAUGGAGAGAAUUACCACUUUUACACCUGUUACCUGUCAGAAAUAGACAGGUGAUGACCAGCCACUCCACAGCUGUCAUGCUACAAAAAUGGCUCCAGCCAGUGAGUGAGAAGACAUUGCAUGACAUUUGUGUGUGUGUGAGAUCAGCUCUAGUUCAACCACUUUGUCCUUAAUUAUCAGUUUCUAACAUCAUUUUAAGUGCUUUCUUUCAUUUCCUAACGUAUGCUAAAACUUCAAGGAUAAUUGUUGAGGUUUCUCUCACAAGAUGAUCCAAUAGGUCUUUUUUCACCUGAGAGGGUUUUCUUUUACAUUUUAAGCUAGAUGAAAUCAGUCUGCAUGAUGUCACUUGAAAGACAGCCACCAAAUCAGAACAGAAACAAAGAAAUCCAGACUUCAUUGGAUAGAAAAAAUAUCAUAAUUCCAUUUUUUUUUAAGAUGUUUGAUUUGAUUCCUGUCUUGACGGACCUCUUACAAACAUGGUACGGUGUUUAUAUGGCACUUGAUCAUGCAUUCAGAUUUUCACAACCACUCAGGGAAAAGACCUAUUGACAGCCUUCAGUAUGGGGAAUUAUCCUUAUCUAACAUUGAUGUUGCUGCCCAGUGAAUGCCUGUCCAUCAGCAAGUUAUUUAAUUAUAGAUGUAAUACCUCACCUUGUUAUGUCUCUGUAUGCUGUCUUGCAUAAGUCAUUAUGAUAUUUCCUGUCUAGUACUGUAUAUUAACAUGAAGUCAAUCGCACAGCAACUGUUUUUAACAAACAAUGCAAGUGCCUUAGUACGCGCAGUUGCAAAAGUCUUGGCCGUCUUUUUUUUUUGUCAAACCAAAGACUUACCUCCUUUUUAUAAUUUCCGUCCACUAUGCCAUUUGUUCCUGUGAUCCUGCCUGAUUUUGUUCACUCAGUUAUGGCUAAUGUGUGUUGGAAAUUAUGUCAAGAUUUGUCUGUGAAUAAAUUAACAAUCAUCAAA